AUGGAGACACUAAAACGAAAAGAGAGAGAUGAGAAAGCAAUCGAAUCGAGAAAGAAGCGUGUGAGAAGAAAAGAAAUCGUCAACGCCAAAAACCAGGAGAAACUGUUCCACAUGGCCGUAAACGUGAAGAAAAUAGAAAUCAUGGCGGGACAAGUUCAUAUAAUGAUAAAGAGAGCGAUCAAGAUCAGCAAGACAGAAGAGAAUGACCAUACUCAGGAGUAA